AUGUUUGGCCACCCAGAUCCCGUUCUUAGCCAUGUUGGUUCUAAGCACUACUCUAACUUUAACCUAGCGGACACCUGCAGCAGCUACUUGGCCAUUAAUGUGGAGCGCUUCAACUGUGUGGACCUGUACAAGUUUGCUGAUGUCUUCUCUGUGGACAGUGUCCGGGAACAUUGUGUGCAGUCUAUUCAUUGUCACUUUGCCAAGGUUGCCUUCAGUGAGCAGUUCUGCAGCCUGAGUGUGGAUCAGCUGACUGAGAUUAUCAGCCAUGAUGAACUGGAUGUUAAAGAGGAGACAACAGUGUGGGAGGCUGUGGUGAGAUGGGUGCAGCACAGCAGGGAGGACAGACUGCACCACCUACCCAGCAUCCUCCCUCACAUCCGCUUCAACCUGCUGACCUCAGACAACACCGCAGCCAUCUUGGAUCACCCCCUGGUCAGAGAGGAUCCUGGGAGUUCUGAGGUCAUCAGGAAUGUGGUACAGCAAGGGAACCCUGACCUGAAAUCAAGACUGGGACCUAAUAGUACUAAUAUGGAUAUGGCACUGCUAUGCACUUCCACUUAUGAGAAACACGAGAUCCUGUUCCUGAACCCAUGGCCACAACAAAGGAAGUACAUCAGCUGCAGUUACCCAGAUGCAGACAUAGGCGAUGUCAUGGCCAUGACAGUCACCAGUGAUAACAACAUCUUCAUCCUGAGUUACAUGUAUGAAAAAAGGAGGGGCCAGUUGUACCUGAUUCAGUACAACCAUGCUGAGAAUGCGUGGGAACCUGCACUGGGUUUGUCCAAUGGGUUGGUCCCUCAACAGAAACCUGGGGAUUGGACAUGUAACGAAGAGAUGCUAUCGGAAGCUGACGGAACAUUAUACCAUUUAACAUCAUACACAAAUUUCAUUAUGAUGAGCAGGUAUGACCAGUACUCAGAUAAGUGGCAGGAAUGUUCACAGCUCACACUUACUGAGGUAUAUCGACAUACAUACACACUGUCCAGCGGCCCCAACCUGUAUUUCCUCACAAACACAGAACUGCAUCGCUACGACCCGGGCCAGGACUGUUGGAGCAAGCGGACCCCAAACUUUCUUCCUGACAUUUGUACAGCUGUUGCCAUGGGAACAGAGAUUUUCUGCACAGAUUCUUUCUUCACUCACACCAUGGUGUACGACACAGAGUCUGACUGCUGGCAGAGACUGCAAGGCUGGACAACGCCAGGAAACCUCCUUGUUGAUGACUAUACGGUGUCACAUCAACCUGGUCUUUUUGUUCUGGAGAACCAGCUGCACAUAUUGGUAGCAGCCUAUGAUCCGGACGAAGAGGAAUCGAUCGACCCGGAAUCGACCGACCCGCCUUCACCAUCAGAAAGUUUUGUAUAUGUGUAUGACAGGUCUGCUGAUACCUGGAGAGAUUUGGAGGUCAACCUGCCUAAGGCAUAUUACGGUAUAGCAAAUCAUGUGUGCCUUGUGGCUCGUUUGAACACAAAAAAGCUACAGUCACCGUAACUAUAGUGGAAAAUGUUUUUUACCAAUCUUUCCAUAACCAGAACCUUAAAGUUGAAAGAAAAAGAGUUCUUGUGUCAGCCCACGACGAAGGUGGUACUGCACAUCCCUCCAGCACAGCCUACCAGUGCUAUCUCAGCAUCUACAGGUAGAAGAAGGUCAAGAUCUUGAAGAGUUACAGAGAGCUCCCAAGUGACCAGCAGCAAGUGAAGAUCACAUUACCCAAAUCAGUUCAGUUAAGCUUUAAUUCAUCUGGAAUAAGACUGCUGCAUAAUUCUGUGAUAGAAACACACCCAUUACUCUGAAGUACUUGCACAAUAUGAACUAUCCAGAAGACAACUGUGCAUGUAACUUAAUUAAGACCUUGGAUUACAUAUCCCAGCGCCAGUUUAGGGACACUAACUACGACUCAAGAUGGAGAAUUGCCACAGGUACUAUUUAAUGUAAUCUCUAGAGUGGUCACAAUAGAGAUGAAGAUGGUGGGCACAGAGCAAAGUGGCAAGCCCUGGGGCUAGUUACACCUGGACUGCACCUUUCUCAAUGCCAAUAUAGAAACUGCAUGCAUGCAGCCCAAUAACCCACAUUACAUUACAUUCAAAUAAGGAGCUGUAUGGAGUCAAUGCUUGGAAAAUGCUUUCAAAACAGUUUGUAUCUUAUGUUAACAAGACAAGUUCUUAACACAUGUUACAUGUACAGGGCUCAAAAUACCUAACAUUGGAGCUGUGCAAGUAUUUCUGCUGUCUACCAGUGCACCUAACCUGCACUGGCCCAUGUUGAGGGUUUUAUACCAUUAUGUCCUGCAAUGUAGCUGUAUGUGGAUUGUUGCUGGGGUAUCUGCAACACUGUAUGUUUUAAUAUGUUCAAUAAACCAUGUGUGAAAUCACUAACUAAUGAAUUUAAGGAAUUACUGUGUAUCAUCUCUACAUGAGUGGAAUGAGUUGAAAUUUGGCACAAAUUAAGGUAAAGGAAUAUGUCUUCAUGAGAUUGAAAUAUCUCAAUUUGUUGUUCAGGUUUUUAUGAGUGACUGAGUUCAGUUAAAGAUGACCAUACCCUUGUUAUCCUGUCGGAAGACAUUUGAGGUUCAAUUCAUGUGCAAUUGAUAUUGUACGAAACUGAAACUACACAUGUAUCAAGUUGCUUUCUCUAUUAGCCGAAUGCCUAUCUCAUCUUUAGAUCCAGUCGUUUUUUUUUUUUUUCGUUGCUAGGGUGAAGUGAAGUAUGAGGGGUCGUGGAUCAGGGGUGGGCUGCUUAAAGUUUCUGUAACCGACAGAGAGGUAUAAAACUUCGCACACUUCUUGGUCUUGAAACAGGUAAUUAUUGUGCCAAGUUUCGUAAAUUGGCUAGUAGAAAAUCAGUCUAUAAAA